CGAUAGAGUGUUAUUGCCUUUGUAUUAAUUUUGUUUAUGCCAUAGACGUUUUCCCUCUCUUUGGUUAGGCGUCGGUCUGCUUAAUUUGCAAUCUCAAAGAGUUGGUGACAAAAGCAAUUUAGGGCAUUCGAAAUUUGAAGAAGAAGAAGAAGAAGAAGAAGAAGAAGAAUCUGUCAAUGGAGUUCGUAGGCGAGAACAGGGAUUUUGAUUCUGCAAACGACAACAACAAGCCCAACUCUGCUCAACCACUUCUUGAUUCUUCUUUUCAACCCUCACUCGCUGAUGAUACUAAUGCCAAAGAAGCUGAAGAAUUAAGUGAACGCAUAGCUCGAGACCUCAAGGAUGGUCUUCAUCCUCUAAAGCACAAGUUUGCAUUUUGGUACACUCGUCGAACACCUGGAGUUCGGACUCAAACAUCAUAUGAGGACAACAUAAAAAAGAUUGUGGACUUUAGCUCGGUCGAAGGUUUUUGGAUAAGCUAUUGUCAUUUGGCUCGUCCGGCUUCAUUGCCAAGCCCAACAGAUCUGCAUCUCUUUAAGGAAGGAAUUCGUCCACUUUGGGAGGAUUCUGCCAACUGUAAUGGUGGGAAGUGGAUAAUACGAUUUAAGAAAGUUGUAUCUGGGCGAUUUUGGGAAGAUUUGGUUCUUGCAUUAGUGGGCGAUCAACUUGAUUUUGGCGAUAACAUAUGUGGUGCUGUGCUUAGCAUUCGUUUCAACGAGGAUAUUUUGAGCGUUUGGAACCGCAAUGCAUCUGAUCAUCAGGCGGUGAUGGGUCUGCGAGAUUCAAUCAAAAGGCACUUAAAGCUCCCACAUGGAUAUGUAAUGGAAUACAAACCUCACGACGCGUCUCUGCGUGAUAACUCGUCAUACAGAAACACUUGGUUGCGAGGAUGAGAAAAAGGAGAAUGUGCUUCAAAACUGAACGAUGUUUACAUGGUCUGCACCUCCUUAAUUGCUAUUGACCCGUCUUUGGAUGUUAAGCAAUUAAUUCCCUCUGAUAAUUUUUUUCUUCAGGACAUUGGAGCUUUUCUUAAUUACAUGUUUGUUCUAAGGUGAAUAGGUUACUAUGUAAUGUAAAUAUUUGGACAUUUGUAACUGUAAACUGCUCUGAACAAGGACCUUGGAAGAGACACCUACACCUUAGAUCAACUUUCUGUUUACAUGUUAUAACUUAACAUUUUUCAUUUUCUUGGGACAAAACUUAGAUCCACAUCACCAGCUGCUUCACUCAGACUGUUUGUUUGUUAAAUUAGUCACAUGAUUAUACCAUCCAAUUCUUAAUUCA